UGACAACAUGGCGAGAAAGACUAACCAAGUGUGAUUUGUAUAUCGUCCUUCUGUCAUUGGAUUUUUUCGCAUGUUUGUAAAACGAGGACUCCUUCUUUAAGAAAAAUGAACAUAUGGCAGGCAAAUAUGAAAUACCAACGAAUUGAAUAGCCUGACAGCAUCGCUGGUUUGCGAUAAUUUGGAAGUGAUGCAAUUGAAAAUUGAAAUGACGUUUAGAUUUUUAAUGCGUCUUCGACUCCCAUCAUAUAAACUGAGAAGUUUAUCAAACAGAAGCCCUCCAGAUCCGCCACCUCCUGAGCUAUGUUGCAUGAGUGGCUGUGCAAACUGUGUUUGGAUUGAAUAUGCUAAGGAAUUAAAAAAGUAUAGCAAGGCUGGAGAAUCUGACUUGCUUAUUGAUGAAGCACUCAGUAAAAUUGAAGAUCACAGCUUUCGUAUGUUUAUAAAAUGGAAAUUGAUGGAAUUUUAUCUCAAACAAAAAAUGGAGAUGACUGAGGAAAUAAAUGGGCCUCCCAAUCCAACCGCCACUAUACGUUGGAGCGAUGCUACCUCCUAUGGCAUUCCCACCUGAUGCACAUUUCCCAUACUAUCCCUACAUGUACCCUCCAGCUCCUUUCGCAAUUGGUAAUCCUCAUGUGUAUGCGGAGCACCCGAUUACUACAGGCUCCGGGAAGAGAGAGCGGCUUGGUAACGAGCUAGAUCGCAAAGACUCAAGGGAUUCCGAGUGUAAAACGCGUGAGCGAAGCGACAGCUCAACGGCAAAAAACGAAGGAAAUCAAACGAAAUGGCGGAAAGAACUGUCUGAGACGGUGAGAAAAGAAAGUGUUAUUAAAAGCGUGGUUAAAGAAGCAAAUGAGAGUGCAAAAAAAUCUGUUGAAACAAAAACAAACAGGGAGGGUCUAGUAACCAACGGUGAAACAACAUCUGGAGAACGUAGUACCGGAGAACGUAGUACCGGAGAGCGUAGUACCGGAGAACGUACCCCAGGAAAAGUAGACUACGCACAGGACACAGAACGCGGAGGAAUUGUGUCUAGUAAAGUUGUUACAAAUGGACGAGUUCGUGAACGAUCGUCCCCGAACUUUUCCCGAGAGCAUUUAGCCACGACGCGAUCUCAGGAGAAUGGGACCUACACUUUACCGUCACGUGGUGGUGGUGAUGAUAACGAUGGCUUUCGUUAUUUUAAUGGCUUAUCUGGAUACUCCUAUUCAUCCCCUCAUAAAACAUACGAUUCCAUGACAUCCCGUUGUAGAACGCAGGAUGUACUGGGACAUAAACAUUCGCAUGGUGGCGUUAAGGAUGAUAUAAGGAUAACAAGGGAUAACGAGAGAUCAUCAAAAAAUCCCACGAAAAAGAUCGAUGAGAGUCGGUCAGGUUUGCCUAAUUCUGAUGACAUGUGUUAUAUAAAAAAGCGUUUUACUGAAGAAUCCUCUAAUAGUCGCAUUAAACGAGAUGAUGUUUGCAAAGGACGAUGGGAUACAUGUUCACCAAAAUCAUUUCCAUCCGCGGAUGCCCGUGGUAAAUCCUCGGCGACCGUUCAUAGCGUGGAGACAAUAAUAAAUGGCAAAAAAAGUCCCGUAAAAAGGAAUGAUAACAGUAGGGAUGACGAUAGAGGUAUGGGAACCACUGAGUAUUCUGUCUCUAAGAGAAUGGAUGGUUCUAAAUCACGUGACCUUAUUGGUGUUUCCCAUGCUCACGGACGAAGUCUGUUGCAUAAUGAACGAGUAUCGGUGAAUGAUGACCUAUCACUAAGAGCCCGUGAUGCAUCUGGUCAGCGUUCACGGGAUUUUAAUGAUAGAGUACACAAUUCUGACGAGAUGAUGGAACGCUUACGUUACGAAACGGCUUUCUCCGAACAACUUCGUAUGGGUAGAACGUAUUUUGACUCACACUAUAUGAAUCCCAGGAUGAUGGACCAUCGAGACGUGGAUUCCUCGCCGUACUAUACCAGUGACGGGCAUGGUCAUUACCGGGGAUCUGAUGGUCAUUACCGGGGAUCUAAUGGCCACUACCGGGGAUUUGAUACCCGUAAAAGUGAUGUGGAAAACACGGAGUCAAAGAGAAAACAAGAAGAACAAACGGAUAACUUUAGGCGAGAAGAGCAGUUUUCUCGUCGGAAUGGUACGCCAGGUGAUCGUAUUUUGUCGGAGUAUCAUCGUAAUGUAUUGAGGGAGGAUGAAAGACCUCAAAAUCGUAGUAGCUCUCCUCGUGGAUAUGACGUUAAAGCAAGCCGUACAGAGGUGAAGAACAGAGCUCCCGAGCCUCCUUGUGAUGUCAUGAAUAUGAAAAGAAAAGAAUGGGAAAGCCCAGGAAAGUCGAUGCCAUCAAAACGUCGUUCUCCUAAUGAUGAUAUAGUGAUAACGAAUGGCUGUAAUGUUUCGAGAUCCGAGAUAGAAUCCAGUCGAAGCUCUUCGGGAGCUGGUUUUAGUAGUAUGUCUAUGACCACGCCUGGUUAUCCAAAUUUACCACUCUUAGAUGCGUAUCCCCCUUCCAUGAUGAUACCCCCAGGUGAUCCCAGGAUGCCCAUGUUGUUCCAUAAUGGGUUUUUUCCUCAGCCAAUGUAUCAAGACGAGUAUAUGAUGAAAUUUUUGAGAGAUUUAACACAAGAACAAUCGCCUCAUAUGCAGCUUCUCAAUCAGAAAAUUGCUCAGGAGAAAGCGCUUUUGGCCGGCGGUAAAGAUAACCUUGGCUAUCCUCUUAACAUGAUGUCUGGUGAUCGUCAAGGGUUGAUGAAACUUUUUACUAAUGGUGAUUCUGACAAUUUGUUGAAAAAAACGGAGAAGCCGGACUCGAAACAACCCAACGAAAAUGAAGUGGAAGGGAAAAAGAACGUUGAUUGUCAAGAAGGCAAAUUACUCGCGGAUGGUUACUACAGAAACGACAUCGCCAAGGUUCGAAGGGAUGAAGAAGAAAAAAAGCCAAGUUUUUUUCAAAAACAGUUUCAUAACCAAUAUGUUAAACAGCCAUUGUUAACAAAUGAACAGAAAGUCCGUAAAUCUGCCAGCCCUGAAGAAUUGUCUGUAAAAGAGAACGAACAAGUCGCUUUAUUCAAACAACAGCAACAAACUAGUCAAUCUCACUUUACCAAGCAAGAUGAAAUACUUAGGCCUUGGCCACAUAGGACAGAUCACACAGCUCUUUUAGGUGAGACAAGUGACAGACAGCGAGAUAAGGACCUGCGUCCACAACAAUUCACCAAUGGUAAACUGAAUAAGGAACGAACUUCACCAUGGCAACAGCACAACGAGAUUGGUAAAGACCAGUUUCGAAAAGAGACUAUACCGGCACAACAAAGACAAAAUGAAAGUUAUAAAAUUCUGCAAGAGCCUCGUGAUGAGCGAAGAUAUUUGACACAACAAUGGCCGUCUACGCAAAAUUCACAAACAUAUCUUCAUGAAAGCAACGAAAUGUUGAGACCUAAUAAAGAUUUGUUGGAGAAAACAAUAAGUUCAUAUGACACUUCAUGUAAGGCUUCAAUCAAACAAGAGGCAACAACACUUAACGCUAAUAAAUCUCAUCCUGAAGCGACAAUGAAAAUUGAAAACUCCAUGUUUCAAUUUCCUGAUGUCAGUUUACAAUUACCGAUGACGAAUAUUUCAUCAGCAGUAGUCACCAGUCCUUUUACCACCGUCAACGAUCAUUUUGUCACCCAGACAGAAGGUGGAUCAAGAUCGAUGAGAAAUUUGUCAGGUGUUGGUGAACUCUCACCAAACUCUGUUUCUGCUGCUGAAGUUUUGUCAAGAUUUCGACAUUUUGGUUCAAUGUGUUUCUCUGAAAAUAGAGACGAUGACCAAGAAGGAUCUCCAUCAAAUGAAGAGUUCUCCUCCACACCGCCAGAUAAAGAAACAUCUUUUACAUUCAACAAUCAACAGCAGUCCAUGCAUGGUACAAAUGGGAAUAACGAAGGUAAAAUGAGGUAUCGUGGGGAUCUUGAUGAACUCGUACGUGUCGUGUUGGGUCACGAAGAGAGGUUUGAGGAUGCGCAAGAUGAUCCCAUUAACGAAGAUCAGGGGGGUGGUUUGCAAAUUGACGAAGAUCAGGGGGUUGGUUCGACAGAGGAUUUAUCUGUUCAAACCAAAGAGGAUCUUUUGAGCGACGGCUUUGAAGGAGGGGAACUUUCCCCCCUAACAGAAUGUGAGGACAAUGAUUUUUGGUGGUGGAUAACGAGAUCACCUUGUGUACCCUCUGCCAGAAAGAUCCCUCAUUAUCUCGAAGAUAAAGAAAAUAUCUUUGCACAAAUCAAGCGCAGGGAACUCAAUCGUAAGAUUAUAUGCGAGAACAUUAACAGAAUUCGUAGAGAAGCGAAACGCGGUCGACAAAAGACAAAAGAGCGUUAUGCACAAUUAACCAAUCAGAAGCUUACGUUUGAUGACGUCGAGAGUGUUUUGAAUACAGCGUGUACAAAUAUUAAAGCAUCGACGGAAAUUGAUGGAUUACAGGAAACAUUAAGGGAUCAGUUGUUGAGUAUACAAAAAACAUACCGUGAACGACACAGGGAACUGGCACGACUUACACCAAAGAACAAGGACAAGCAUGAGGACAGUCCAGUUAAACGCGGUCCAGGCAGACCCCGAAAAAGAAAGAAUUUUAGUUGUUCCAAGUUAAACGUAAACAACGCUAUCGAGAACUCAGCUGUUAACUCACCUUCUGCUGACCCGUUGGAAAAUGGAUCGCUGUCUCACGAGGAGGAGAUUGUUGAUGAAGAAGUUAAGAAUGAGAAGCUAACUGACAAUAUUAGCGAGGAGAAUGAAACUGAAAGGGAAAAAUAUGUUCAAGAAGAAAUGGUGAACGAAAACGGAGAAACUUGCCAAGAAAAAAGUAACCUUUCGGAAAACGACGUUCUCGAGGCGGAGGCCGACGAUGAGCCGGAGGCGGACGAUGAGCCGGAUACUAUGGAAGUUCGGAAGAAAUUGAAAAAGAAAAGGAAACGAAUAGUGUCCGAAUCUGACACGGAAAAUCCUACUUCAAAUGGAAACAUCAAAACAAAAAAAUCAAAGAAGAUAAAAAAGACAAGCAAAGCGAAAUCUAGCGAAGUUGUUAUCUCCAAUAAGAAGAACAAUAAAGCGAAGUCGAUGGAUGACGAUGUUUUCACGGCAGAUAACGAUGGUUCUAAUAUUCUCGUGAUAUAUCCCACGCACGCAUCGCACGAAGAACGAAAAAAAUCACCCAAGAAACGAAAACGGUCCGCCAUCGUGAACGAGGAACCUGCAAGUUCCCGACCGAACUCCAAAUCUAAGUUGAGUUUCAAAAGUUCGCCUAAUUCCGAAAACGAUACUUCUUCGAGUUUUGAUAUGUUGACGGCAUUGGCCGAACAUUGCUCGAAAACAUCCGAGGAAUGGACGAAGAAGAGACGAUCAGACGAUACGGAAAGUCGCGACAAGUCUCCAGACAAAUCGGGCAAAACGAAACAAGGUGUAAUGUGUCCAGCUACCGGCAAUGACGAUUUUUUUCCUCGUCGAAGCGAGAGAAUAUUUUUAAGCAGUACUUCAAGCUUGACAAGUCCAACAGGAAAUGGAGUUUUUGAUAUUCCCAAUGUAAAUAAGAAGAAAAAUAAACCUAGCUCUGGAAAAGUUUCAACAAAGAAAAAGGAUGGCGAGUUUAACGAGACGGAAGCAAGCGGAACUGACGAUGCAAUGCGAAAGAAAACUUGACAUACGGCGAUAGAUCGAAAGAGAAGAGACGAAAAUUAAAGACAAAGCAUUCGGACGAUAAAAAGAAGAAAAAUAAGCUGAAUGUGAAGACCAAAACGUGGUCAAUGAGUGAGUGCACAGACGAAGAAUAUGAUGAGCAAAAAUUUGUAGAGGAGAUUAAACAACUACCUAAACGGAAACAGACACGCGCCUCGUAGAUAUAUUGAGUCAGACUCGGGCGAUGAAAAAGUGGACGAUGAUGUGGCGAAAACUUCCCGACAUGUGGACGAUGAUAUAAACGUUGAAUUUGCAGGCGAAAGUAACGACGUUUUUGAGUCUAAAGGAUCAAUGCAACGCAAACAUUCUGAAUCAGAGACCUUGGAAAACGAACCCUCUGAAAACGAGCCAUCUGAACACGAGGUCUCAGAACAUGAAGUCUCAGACAACGAACAUGAAACUGCUGAACAUAUUAAUGCGAAGGCUCAAGAUUCGAAAGAGUCGGAUGUUGUCAACGAGAUACGGAAUGAUGA